GCCCAGCUGCCGACGUCAUCAAGCGAGUCUAUUUUAGUCCCACCUGCAGUCGACUUCCUUAAUCUUAAAGUUUUCAUAUAAGUUAGGUCGCUGUCUCUUGCUGGAUUAACUGUUAAACGUUUUUUCUCGAAGAAUGUACAAGAUCCCGCUUUUUAUUGUUAUUUGUGGUUUGAGCUGUUUUUUCACAUCCCCUGCGACUGUUCCUCGGCCUGGCCUUGACUUGGGAGGCAUCAGGAACCGGCGGGAAGUUCACUGCAGAGAUGGGCAGUACUUGAACAACAACAUCUGCUGCCUAAACUGCCCAGCUGGCACCCAUUUGAAGUCGCCAUGCACUACGCCAGGUGAAAGGGGGCAGUGUGAGGAAUGUGCAGAUGAAAUGCACAUGGAACAUUCCAAUCACCUUCCCCAAUGCUUCACAUGCACAAAUUGCCGUUCAGAUCAAGAAGUUGUCCGGUCUUGUAGCCGCACUCAGGACACAGAAUGUCACUGUAAAGAAGGAAAAUUUUGUGUACCUGAUCAGGCUUGUGAGAUGUGUAAGAAGUGUUUAAGAUGUGGGACAGAUGAAGAGGUUGUCCGCAACUGUACUGCUACAUCAAACCGUGAAUGCAAGAAAAUCCCAUCGCAGUCUUCCUCUGGCUCAGACGCUGUCUAUAUUGUCCCAGUUGUGCUGAUCAUUGUUAUAGUAUUGGUGGGUGGUAUUUGCUGGUAUAAGAAGAAACAUGCCAGAGGUUCUGAAGCAAAUGAAUUGAAAGCUGAGCAGCACGCACAGGGGAGGAAGAACGAAGAAGCCCAAAGGCCGGGUUGCUCCAGUCUAAUCUUUUCUCAGCCACGGGUGAGAGUUCAAAGCUCAGCCAAUGUGGAGGACGAGCGUCAAGCAUUGUGUGAAAGCUGCAACAGCUCUGCCAAUAACUCCCAGCAAAAUCUAACCAGCCUACCCCCUGCCAUUCCCGCCUCUGCCCACCGAGCCUGCCUGAUCGCCAAUGAGCCCAAUUUGAGGGCGAAGGAGGAGCCUUUUCUGGAGCUGCUUCCUGUAAAUGGUGAAGAGUCUCUCAGGAAGUCCUUUCAGUAUUUUGAGGAGGUAGACAUCGAUUACUACAAGAGAUUCUUCCGGGAGCUUGGCCUCAACGGAAAUGUUAUCAAAAGAACUGAUCAACUUUCUUAUGAUGAUAAGAUUCACGAGUUGUUGAACAUCUGGUUUGAGAAAGUGGGAAAAGAUGCAAGUUUAAAUGACCUGCUGAAAGCACUAUUGGAGAUUGAUCAAAGACGAACAGCUGAGAUUAUCAAGGAGAAAGCCUUAGCCAAUGGUCUUUUCGUUUUAAAGGCGCAAUCGUAAUUUAUUCGUAGGAGUUACUUGGCAUCCUACUGAUUUACGUACCUGGAUGUGGUGUAUGGUUUUUGUACACACCAUGGUGUUGUGCCAAGAGGUAUGUCUUCCAGUCCUUUGGAGACACGGCACUGUUGUAUUUAUGCUGCAGUUCUGAUUGGAAGUGCAGGAACUCUGUGGUUGUUCAAUCACACGGAGAAGCCAAACAAAUAUGAUAAGGGGUGAAAGGCACUUCAGCUGCAACUCUAAUUUAAAUGUCUGUUGAAGGCAUUUCAUUAAACUGUCAAGUAUUUUGUUCGUUUUGUACUGUGACAUUAGUGACUAAUUUGUUCCUACAGAUUUCUCAGGAAUGACUUUGUUGGCUGUCCAAAUGAACAUGUCUCAAGGUUAGUUGGAUUGUCACUGGAUUAGGACAUUUAAUGCAAAAGAGUAAGAUUGUGCACAUUUUAAUGUAUUUAUUUUUUUCCAUAUUUUGGGUUCAGUCUGCAGUGUUUUACAGAGCAAAUAUCUCAAGUGGUUUACCGAACAAAAUGUACCAGAUUAAGAUGUCUCCUAUCCAACUUUUUGCUUUUGUUACUUUUCGUUACAGACAUCAUUGAUCAAAUGAAAUGCACUGUGGCUGUUUCAUGUUAGAUAUAAAGUAUGUCCAUCACUUCACCUCAGCCAAACACUUAUGCAGUCCUUAUUAAUGAAAUUGUCUAAGUGGAAUCCUAUUUGCAAACAUUCCCGCAUGGGAAGAUUGACCUUUGGUUUUCUUGUCAGCACAUACAUAAGUUAUUUUUUUGUUAAUUUAUUGUUUGUGUUUGUGUUGCGGGCACAUUUUCACACUCCUGAAGGAGGGAAGUUUCUCAAUGGGCACUUUGGUAGUGUGGAGCUGCAUAAUGUUGCUUUGCUGAUGAUGCAUUAAUAACGGCGCUGAUGCCUUUUAAAAUGCUUAAAAUGUUAACAUGGUUGUUGUUGCUUUUUUCUUUUAAAUGGAGAUCUCAGUUAUAUGUCAAAAUGUUAAGUUAUAUGAUGCUGCUAUGUAUGUUAAUGUACAUCUGGAGCUUGAAGAAAUUCCAAGUUAUAAAUUAUUACACUUGGGUGAUGGUAAAAACACCAGCUCAAUUUUUCAGUAAUUUAAACAUCUUUGAAGUCUGGUAUUUUACAACAAUAACUUGUUGAUAUUCCAUAUUUAUAAAUCUCCUUGAGGUUAUUCCACAUGGUUGUUUGUUGAAGUCUAACAAUAAAGAUAUAUCAUAAAAUUGUA